GGAGUAGGUAUUAAACAAGUUUAAAUCCGAACACCCUCACAAUAUCUCUAGGCAAACAAAUACAAUCGUUAUGGUCCACGCCGACGCAUCCAAUUUCGCCUCGGGCGUCACAAAGGAGGAAGCUUAUGAGCAGGUCCUCAUGCAGGCCGAAGGGCUAUUUUACGAACAGAGAAAUUGGGUUUGCAAUCUAGCCAACGCAGCCUCCCUCCUCUGGCACGCCUACCACUCCCUCCCGCCGCCCAGCAAUGCCGUGAACUGGGCAGGCUUCUACGUCCUCGACCCGUCCUCCCCGCCCGAGAAGUCGCAGCUUAUCCUUGGCCCCUUCCAGGGGAAAGUAGCCUGCCAGACCAUUGCCUUCGGACGCGGCGUAUGCGGGACGGCGGCGGCCGAGGCCCGUACCCAACUAGUCCCCGACGUGGAUGCGUUCCCGGGUCACAUCGCCUGUGACGGAGAUAGUCGGAGCGAGGUCGUCGUCCCAAUCGUCGUGGAUGGAUCUGUCGGCGAGGGAAAGGGCAAAGUCGUGGCAAUCAUCGAUGUGGAUUGCGCUGCUGUGGGUGGGUUUGACGAGGUGGACCAGCUUUGGUUGGAGAGGUUAGCCGUCUUGUUAGCAAAGAGUUGUUACUGGUGAGAGUAGUCUGGUAUUCUUCCGACGCUCACUGUCGCCGGGUACGCCACGGGUAAGGGUGAGGGAACUUUUUAGGAAGGGCAAAUAGACUGGCUUCUCGGGAUUCAAUGGUUUCAUGUCGGCCAUCUAUUACUUCUGAUUUAGGAAAUUGCGAAUCUGGACACGCAUCUCCUUUUCUCUUGUCAGUUGACUGGAGAAAACAUACCCACUCAACACCAGAAUACUAUGCU